CAUGUUAAUGACCGAUAUACCUACCUAAAAUAACCCUAUAAUGUAAAUUAGCGUUAACGCAAUUUACAUAGAUAGGAAGAGAGAUUUAUUUGGCAAAUGUUAACAUUUUCUGCUUCUCUGCAAUAACUAGGCCCUAUGUGUGGAAAAUAACGAACACCUUUCUGGAAGUAGGUAAAUGACUCAAUUACUUUUGAAACUUGCUUUCAGGUUUCCUAGAAGCACCAGGUUCGUCGUCUGAGUUGAGGAACAUAUUUUUAUCGCAGAUUUGGUGCGAAAGUUUUAAGCAGUGAAACUGUCACUGAGCUGUGUGCCAUUCAGGGUUGUUUGGUUUUCCUUUGAGCGCGAUUGUUAGUGGUUUCCAUUGGCAACCGGGCCCGUGCUCACAAAAACAAGAAGCUCGCUCAUCCGGACUGUCCCAUCCCAACAACAGAGGAGACCGGGGGAGUUCACCAUGAUGUAAACAGUUGCGGUGACGUCAAUGCUGUCAUCACUGUGAACAGGUGAAGAAAGAAAAACAGACAGAGAGGGCCUCCUGCCUGAUCAUGACUGCUGUGGUUCGACCUGGAGUCAAUAUUUCAGAGCUAUGUGAGGAAGGAGACAAGUUCCUUGAGGCCGGAGAGCUAGGGAGGGCUACCUCUCUCUACAUGUCUGCCUUCAGGACUCACGCCGCCUCCACCAUGUCCCACAUGCGGAAAAUGAAGUCUAGCCUUGGUGGGGUGAUUUCCACUCUAGAAGGUUGGCUUGACAGUCACGAGGAGACCCAGCCUGCUGAGGGUCUUAAUAAAGGUCUUGCAGCCGUGUUCCUGUCCACACUCUGCCCCAACAAUCUGUCAGCCACCAUUUUUAAAAUGGAGUCUCUACUUCAGAGUGGUGGGCAUGGCUACGAGGAGAUUUUUGCUCGCUGCACUGCUCUGCUUGAAGGGAAACAAGACCUUCAACCACAAGGUGUGAAUGGCAUGGUAUUGGAGAUCACUCGUGCCCUGGCCUGCUUGUUCUCAGAGCCUCACAGUAUCAAGGGGCUGAAGCUUUACCUCAAAGCUUACCAGAGUAACAAAUCUGAAACAGUCAAACUGAUUACAAGCAGACAAGCUGAGCACCUACCCAAAAUAGUGAGGGCCUUUAUAGACCAAACACUGCACAUAUAUCCCUCAAUGUGUGACAACAAGCGUGCAGUAACAGCAAAGGACAAUGAUAAGCUAGAGGUAGCAGCUUCCUCUACAAUUAUUGAGUUUUUGUUGGCUAUCUCAUCUGAUAAUAUAGAAGUGCAGGAACUUCAAGCAGCAUAUUUUUUUUUGACAGGCAGGUUUGGGGACAGCGCAGAGGUGUACUCUGCUCUCUUGGGUCAUAGUCAAUGUCAGAAAACGUCAGAGAGUAGUACCGACAAGUCAUUUCAAGACACUCCUGAGAGGAGAGCCAGACUCUUAACCAGUCGAGCUGCUGCCUGUUUGUCAGCAGGUGGACGGACUGCAGAGGCAUGCAUGGAUCUAGGAGAGGCUUUUGAGAUACACCCUGCCACUGCCCGUAUUUAUUUCCAAAAGCUAUUCGCAGAUCAUGGUACAGGGGUGGCUGCUCGCACCCAUCUCCGUCAGCAGGCAGAGAGAGGCCUGUCUGAUUACAGAGAAAGGGUCCUCAUCCGUCCAGACCUGAGGUCGACUGAAGGAGUUGAACUCCUGGACCCUGUGAUCACUCACCUGCGGACUCUGUGCCAUUUAGAGCCUGACGGGGGAGGCAGAGAGCUGCGGGUACGGCUGGCCGACUGUCUUCUCCUCAGAGGGGAACACAAAGAGGCCCUCUCCAUCUGCAGCCAGCUAGCUGCCUCCCAAGGUCAGCAGAGCUACCAAAACACAGUGCAGGUUCUUCGUGGAUAUGCACGACUUCUCUCUGAUGACCACAAGGGGGCAUUAGAAGACUUCCAGGCUGUAAUUGAACACAAUGCCCCCCACCCGUGCAGCUGUGUGCGGGCGCUAUGUGGCAGGGGACUCCUGCGCAUGAUGGGUGGCUUAAACUACCUCACAGCUUUAGACUAUGUGACAGCCAGCAGGCUGCAGCCUCAGGAGACAGCACUGACUGUUCGCUGCUUAGUGCCAUGGAACUACCGGGGGCUGCUGUUUACUGUUUUACUGGAGCAGGGACGAGUCAUGCUGGAGGGGACUGGAGAGCACAAAUCCAAGUCCAGUUCUAGUGAAGACACCCAACAGCCCCGGCAAGGGCUUCAGCUGCAGGCCCUGUCAAAGAGAGACAACCACAGAUCAGGGACCCCUGCUGGUGUCCAGUCCCUGGCUGUGCUGCUGAUGGAGCUCCAGCCCGGUGCUGAUGGGGCCCAGAUCCUGGCGGCGGAUGCCUUGUACCAGCUUGGCCGGGUGGAGGAGGCCUACCGGCUGCUGCUUUCCAUUGGGCCCACCAGUCCGCGGGCAUCCAUACUGGCUCGCCUCGCCCUGCUGCAACUUCAGAGAGGAUUUCUUUAUGACACCAAUCAGCUGUUGAAAAAGCUCGUUCAGUGCGGUGAGACAAGCUGCUUGCGCUCGCUGUUAGCGGUGGCACAACAGAAGGACCUAGCACUGCUGCAGGCACACUGCCACUCUGCUGCGAAACGCAUCCUGGAGGGCACGCGAGAGGAGAGUGCUAUCAGGGAGGCUGUGGCAUAUCUCUCCAUUGCUAUCAUGGCCUCUGGUGGCGAGGCAGCUGACUCUUUGCUAGAGAGAGCGAGGUGUUAUGCCCUGCUGGGCCAACGAAAGACGGCCAUCUUUGAUUUCAGUGCCAUUCUGAAGGAGCACCCAAAACAUGUUAAGGCCCUCUGUGGAAGAGGCUUCACCUAUCUCAUGUUGAACCAACAAAAGGAAUGCACUCAAGACAUCCUGGCAGCACUUCAGAUAAACACUGACAUAGUCACCAUAGACAUCCUGUCACUCAAGGACAAGGCACGGAAGCUGGUCUGUGAUUGGCUGCAUCAGUUCUGUCGGACCAAUCUGUCCGACAUCCUGGUCACUAAUGCUGUCCCCUGCCAUGAAGAGCAGCUAAGAGAUGCUUUUAUAAUUUGUGGCGCUCUGAUGAGGACUGGCUGCAGAGACCCCAGAUGGCAUCUUCUCUAUGUGGACAUACUCUUAGCCAAAGGUGAAAUUAAGGCAGCAGGUGCUCAUCUGUGCCAGGUGUUUGGCCAGGAGCCAAGAGAUGCAGUGGCCCAGGCGAGGGUGGGUGUGAUGGAGACCUGGCAGCAGAACUACCGCAGUGCAGCCUGCAGGCUCAGCAAACUGAGUGAGAAAGAUUCAUCCAGCCUGGACUUCUUGCUGGCCCUGAUCCCAUCCAAUCAGCGAAAACGCAUGGCACAGGCAGCAGCACAGGAAGCCAGCAAUGUGUCAUCAGGUGGCCAGUGGGAUCAGGCCCUUACACUCCUGACUGUGGCAGUACAAGCUGUGGGUAAUCACAGACUCCAGUAUCUUCGCCAGCGGGCUGCCUGCCUCGCUCAGCUGGGCUUACACGAGCGGGCUAUAACUGACCUGGACAGAGUUAUCCAGAGACACGGUGGAUCCGACUCCAGAUGCUCAGACGACCCCCAAGUCUGGGUGGAGGACCUGUGUCUGCGUGGCCGCAGCCUGGUGCUCUGUUCCAGAGAAGGAGCAGCUCUGGAGGACUUCACUCGGGCCUUGGAGCUCCACAGGAACCUGGCCAUCCAGUGUGUUGAGGCUGGUCUGGGGAGGCUGCGUCUGGCUGAGUGCUUCCUGCGGGGGGCGCUGCAGCAUUAUGGGGAGGAGCAGCUUAGUAAAGCCUGGACAUUAAUUGAAUGUGGCCUUGUCGUGGACAGUGAGAACGCAGAGCUCCGCAGACUGAGGACAAGGGUCAAACGAGAAGUGGCCAGUCCCUGCAAUGUCAACUAGUGCUGAUAGUCAGAAUCACACAGGAGCUCCAGCCGAGCUUAUAUUACGUUGCCAGGUCAAUGCCUGUUGGGGAGAGCGGGGUGAUUUGAGCCUGUGGGGAAGUUGAGCCACCCCUUGUUUCUCUGCAACCAUAGACAAAAUUGGUCAUGUGAAUACACAUUUUUGAGUCAUCCAUUUUACUCACCCUGUGAUGGAGAGAAGGCCCAUGGAAUAACUGAUAAGCACAUUUAAGAUAAAAAAAUGUGAUUUUUUUUUAUGUUCAAGGAGUCCUGAUUCUUGUGUCUGAACAAUUACUGAGAGGUUUGAGAAAAUCUGUUGAAAAUGUGUUAGUGCUUUAGGAAGUUACAAUAUGAAGCUGUAAUGUUAGCAUGACUUUAGUCUUAAACCGCUGGAUGACACAAUUUUGUUAAAAUGGCAGGGAUGGGGUAAUUUGAGCCCAAAAGACCUGGGGGAAGUAUAACCAGCUAUUUUACUGUAAUUUUACAUUGCAUUCUUAUGCAUCACUAAAAUGAUGUGACAUAUGCAUUUUAGACCAGAAACCAUCAUGUCAUGCUUCUAUGAAUGGAAGACAGACAGGCUUCAACUCCUAUUGUGGGUUUGGACAGAGUAGUGGGAGAGGUAAAAAAAUGGGAAGUACAUACAUAAGGUGACAUGAUGAGAAACAGGAUGACUUUAAAGCAAUACAUUCAUAUGAAACAACUAGGAGACAUAGCUGCAAUGUUUCACUAUCUAAGUGCAAUUAAAUGUUGGGAACUGGCAUUUGAGUUUGCACAAGGAAAUGACAUGAUGUCCCCGACCCCCAUAUGGCUCAACUUACCCCUCAUGUGGGGCAAGUUGAGCCAAGAGUCCACUUUUUUUUGGAACAGUUUAUUUUAGAUCUAAACUGAUGGUUCCCAGUGAUGCACCACAUAUUGCAUACAUAUUUUAGUUGGAGACAUUACUGUCAUGUCCUCACUUUAAAGACACCUCAAGUAAAAACUGGCUCAACUCACCCCACUCUCCCCUACCUCAAGUUAUUGUAUUAUGGACGAAUGCUCUAAUUGGAGAGAAACUUUCCC